GGAAGGAACGUAUGAAAGAUGUCAAGAAGGAGCUAGAGGUUCUCACAAUGCUCCCAGACCAAAUCCUGGAGGUGGAGCUUUUGAAGAUGCCCAUGUCCGUAAGACAGAUGACGGUUGGGGAAUAUUACAAGCUGAUGGAAUUAAACAAGGCAGAGUCUGCUCCUGUUCUGAAGGCUGACAGUCUGGAUGAAGAGCUGCGAGAGGCAAAAGUUGUAAGAAAGAAUAGCAAGAAAGUUAAGGUGACCACAUCUGUGGAAUAUCAUGAAACUUUGGCCUCUAAAGUGAUGUCCACAACGCAGAAGAAUAGGACCAUCCAAAAGGUUUCCAAAAGUAAAUCUCUUGUUUCACUGGUAAAUGAUGGGAAGAAAACGCCAUCUCUAGCCAGGUCUAUAUCUGCAACUCCACUUAAUAAAGCUUCCAAGAAGAUGGCCUCAGUAUCUUCUUGCAGAACUGCAUCCAGAACCUCAAGAAAUGCCACAGGCCCUCCCACUCGGUCCUCAAAAACCAGAGCCUUCUCAUCGCUGAGUGACAACCUUCCAUUACAUGAAGGCCUUCCGUUUGUACAUAUACCAUUGUUGGAUGGGCAGACUUUAUCAUCAGAAUAUGAUGACCUGGAGUCACUGGAUGUGGAGCUGCUAAGACAAGACACUGUGCAGCACAUACACACGCUUGUGGGACAGCUUACCAGCCUAUGUGCAAAAGCAUCAACGCAGCAUCUUGCGGGUGGCCAGGGGUAAUUUUCAUGACGCUGUAACUUUGGCUCAGUCGUUGGGUGAAGGACAGGAGGCCAUCCCAGCAGUAGUUUUAGUAAUGUCUUUAUUUAUGUGAAUGACUUUGUAAUACAAAUAAACAUUAA